UAAUAAGUCGAUACUUAAGUUAAUAGAAAAACACACAAACCGGUCUAAUGGAAUUACUAAUUCGUCAUUUAUGAAUUUUUUUUUUUAAUUAAACAAAUUUACAUUUAGUACAAAAUCAUUAAAUGGCUAGCAAUCGAUUUACGCCCAAAGGCUAUCCUAGAGUACCACUUCAAAAUGGUAUAGGACGUUACAUUUGUCAACUAAAAAGAGUUACAUUAAGAUUUUGUAAAAGUAGUGGUUCUAGUCGAGGAGUACGUGACUUUAUUGAAUCAAAUCUAUUAAGAUUUGCUGAAGAUCACUCCGGAACAGCAGUAUAUUUAAAACCACGAAGACAUAAAUCUCCAUCAUUUGUUGCUGAAUAUCUAAAUGGUGAAAGAGAAGUGGUUAGUUGUCACAAUUUUACAGCAGAACAAACUUUAAAAUGGCUUAACUUGUACACUACUCGGUCAGGCAUACCAUUACAAAGACAUCUUAAGAUGUGGCAUACAGAUUGCCCAUCCAUACAAGGUGUUUGGAAUCCAUUUACAAAUAGAGAUCCUGUUUUAAAUGUUACAGAUUUUCCAUCAAAAGAAUUAUCAUGCCCAUCAAAUGAAGAACAAUCAGCUACAGAUGAGUUAUUAAACAUGAUUAAAAAGCAAAAUCUAAAAAAUGAAACUGAAGAAGAAAAUAUAAAACAAAUAGUAGUUCAAGGUUAAGUUACAAUGAUGUAAAACCAAUUGUUAUAUAUUAGUUUUUUAAAAUAAAUGUGUGUAGAAAUUUAUCUAAAAUACUAAUAUUUUUAUUUUUAAUAUAGAUUAAUUUAUGCUUAGA